AUGUCGCUUAUCGGGCGUUAUCUUUGCUCGCUCGCGAGCAGCUACUCGACGCCCUCUUCCGGGCCGCUCCACAGCAGCGGACCGACUGACGUUGCCGAGGCGCUGCGGUGCCAGUACUCGAGCAAACGCUGCGAGAACGAGCGCACGCACAAGAAGAGCGGCGGUCUCCACAAGUUCUGCGCCAUGCACCGCGAGAAGGCCAACCGCAAUCAGAUGCGCUUGGACCAUCGACGGCGCGUGCUCAAGCAGCAGCAGAAGGAGCUCAAGCGCCAGCGACUGGCACAGCAGAUCCAGGCGCAACAGCAACUGAACCAUUGGCGGUCCAGUGCAACAGUAGCCACUCGACGGACGCUGUAUCCGGACACUGACAGGGUGCAGCAGCAGCAGCUGAGCCCUUUUGACGGGACAGAGCCCUUCUCUCCACCAUCAACUACGAUGAUGGCGGUCACAAUGCACGUGCCAUCGCCAGUGGCGUCGCCGCUCGUGGAGAUGCAGCAGCCACAAGUGCCCCCAACAGAGUCGUCGCCGUCGGCGUUGCCGCUGUUCGACCAGCGCGACUUGGCGAUUCUAGAGGCCAUGCUAUUCAGCAGCGACGAAGAGACGGGCGACGCGUCGCCAUUGGCGCAUUGCAGCGCCCCGCGCUACGACCGCUCGCCAUCGUUCGUCAACGUGUGA